UUUCAGGCGGCUAUAACGAUAGUAUUUCUGUUCGUUGCUUCCUGGACGCCAUACGCCGUGAUGGCGCUGACCGGAGCUUUCGGCAACAGGGCCCUGCUCACGCCUGGCGUCACCAUGAUACCGGCCUGCACCUGCAAGACCGUUGCCUGCCUCGAUCCUUACGUCUAUGCGAUCAGCCACCCGAGAUACAGGUUGGAGCUGCAAAAGAGGAUGCCGUGGUUGGAGAUUCAAGAGAAAACGCCUCAGCCGGAUUCGGCUAGCACCACGACCGAGGCCGUGAGCACGACCGCUGCGGCUUAAAUUAAACAUGCAUAUGGGUUUUCGUUUUUUUUUUUAUUUCUUCUUCUUCUUGUUCCGAGUAAACUGUGGGAAAAUAAAACCUGAGUUUGAUCAUAUACUUAUACGAACGAAGUUUAAGGUUAACCAGCCAUUUGACAACUUACUUCGUUGUCUCUCUAUCGAUCGGUAUUUCAUGUUUUCAGGUAAAUCUCGGAUGGUUCAUUCUCCUGUCAAAAGGUCUUUAAUACAUUUACAAUUGAAUGUAAAAUAUACAAUGACUCCUCGUCUCUCUCCAUUCGAUGUCAAUAAAUUACAUUGAUGCUAAAGAAAAGAAAUAUGUACAUUAAAAAUGUAAUAUAUAAUGCUUAUCAAAAUAUAUAUUACAAAUACACACAUAUUAUACUUUCUGCGCUAAUUACUAAUUUACACAAGGAAAUAAUGUAUACAUUUACUUUCAU